AUACACCAAUAUUAUCUUCAAGUGCAUUAACUGAGGCAAAAAAUAAAAUUGAAAUUGCAGAUAUAAGUUUAAUGUGGCAAGAAAGGUUAACUGGUUUUGCCAUUUUAGUAUUCGUAAAGUCUGAAAGUGAAAAUGAUAGAAAAAUAUCAGAUUUUUACA